GGGUGGCUCUCCGCAAGCUUGUGGUGCUGAAAUCUUGACUUGCUAUGAUAACGAUGUAAUGGCAAUGAGACAUUUCCCUGUGGAACCCAAUAAACACCACCAAAAUGGACGAUGAUUUGUUCCAGUUAAGACAACUCCCCGUGGUCAAGUUCCGUCGCACGGGUGAGAGCACACGCUCUGAGGAUGACUGCUUGGGGAGAGACCAGGAAGUCCAGAUCGAUGGGAGGCAGGCUUACAUGGAGUCUGUGGCACUUCACGAUGGCGCACUAGUACCCCGGGAGUUUGCCAACCCAACUGAUGACACUUUCAUGGUGGAGGAUGCUGUGGAGGCCAUUGGUUUUGGGAAGUUCCAGUGGAAACUCUCCAUCCUCACUGGUCUGUCCUGGAUGGCUGAUGCUAUGGAGAUGAUGAUUCUAAGCAUCCUGGCACCACAGCUUCACUGUGAAUGGAGGCUUCCAAGCCUGUGGGUGGCGCUACUCACCUCGGCGGUGUUCAUUGGAAUGAUGAUCAGCUCUUCCAUUUGGGGGAACAUAUCCGAUAAGUAUGGCAGAAAAACAGGUCUGAAGAUGAGUGUGGCGUGGACCAUGUUCUACGGUGUACUGAGCGCCUUUGCCCCCGUCUAUGGCUGGAUCCUCUUCCUCCGUGCCCUGGUGGGAUUCGGCAUCGGAGGAGCCCCACAGUCGGUGACACUGUAUGCAGAGUUUCUCCCCAUGAGGUCCAGAGCCACCUGCAUCUUGCUAAUCGAGAUAUUCUGGGCACUGGGCACUGUGUUUGAGGUGCUGCUGGCCAUCCUAGUGAUGCCCACUCUGGGCUGGCGCUGGCUGCUCGGCCUCUCCACCAUUCCGCUCUUCAUCUUCGCUAUCCUCUCUUUUUGGCUGCCAGAGAGUGCACGCUAUGACGUGUUGACAGGGAACCAGGAGAAAGCUCUGACUACCCUGAAGCGCAUCGCCAAGGAGAACGGAGUCCCCAUGCCCCUGGGAAAACUAAUUGCUGCUAGACAGGAGGACCGUGGGAAGUUCCAGGAUCUUUUCUCACCACAUUUUCGCUGGACCACAAUUCUGCUGUGGUUUAUUUGGUUCUCUAAUGCAUUCGCCUACUAUGGCCUGGUCCUGCUCACCACUGAGCUCUUCCAGGAGGGGGGCGUCUGUGGGGAGUCAAAAGGUAGUAAGAGGGAGCCCAGGUGUAGCCUGGAGUGUAAAUACCUGACCUCAGACGACUACAAGGAUCUGCUGUGGACCACCCUGUCUGAAUUCCCAGGCUUGCUGGUGACUCUGUGGGCCAUCGAUCGGCUGGGAAGGAGAAAGACCAUGGCACUGUGCUUCUUCGUCUUCUCUCUCUGCCUUGUGCCACUCUACGCUUGUGUAGGGAGGACGUGGCUGACAGUAUUGAUAUUCAUCGCCAGGGCCUUCAUCGCAGGAGGUUUUCAGGCUGCAUAUGUCUACACCCCUGAGGUAUAUCCAACAGCAACCAGAGCAUUAGGUCUGGGCACUAGUAGUGGAAUGGCUAGAGUGGGAGCCCUCAUCACACCCUUCGUUGCACAGGUGAUGUUGGAGUCUUCUGUGUACCUGACUCUGUCAGUGUAUAGCAUCUGCUGCCUGCUGGCUGCCAUCGCCUCCUGUGCUCUGCCCAUUGAGACCACUGGCCGGGGCCUCCAGGAGUCCAGCCACCGCGAGUGGGGCCAGGAAAUGGUGGGCCGGACCCCUGCCAACAGCUCUGGGGGCAUCCCACACUCCGACUCUGGGUCCCAGGAGGACGGAGCACAUGCAAGAGGGUGGUGAAGGAGGGACGCUGGAGUGGAAGAGGGAGGCAAUGAAGGAGAAGGAAGCUAGGCAAGCAGCCCUUGUCCAUUCUCAGCUCAAAUGUGUCAUUACUGGUUUGUAUAUAGGCACCACAGUGACUUGAGAGAGAGCCUGCCACCAAAAUGUUAUUCAAAAACAUUUCUCUCUCAUUUUAAUCUUCAACCACUACCACUGUCAUGAUUUUUGCCAAUGUAGGAUAAAAACACUCUGAGUGAGACAGAGCUCAAUCGAUUAUCCUGAGUAUACACUGGGUGGUAGCAGGGAGAGAAACUGUUCAGGGUGGGUUUGUCAUUCUUAUAUCUCAGUAUUUGAAUUUCAUAUUAUGAGGGAGAAGAACAGCGAGAUUUAUAGUAACAGUGAGAGUGAUAGUGAAAGAGAGUGAUAGAGGACAAUGCUUUGUUGCAUUGUUUCUAUUAACCUGUUUCUUUUAAGAGAGCCUUAAAACAAUGUUUCUACUCAGGUCCUACCACUCAGUUUUAGAUAAGGGACACAUUGAGGGCUUUUGACAGAGAUGUGACGUCAAGGGCCCCAAAAAAUCCAUUAUAUUUUGCAAAGCUAUAAUGAAAACAAUGACAUGUAAUGAAUUGCUAUCUAAUGAUACAAUAACUACCCAUUCAACAUAAUCAAAUCUGUGCAUCUGGGGUUGUUUGCAGAUUCGCAUCACCACGUUAACCAUCCGACAUGAUGCACUUCAUAGAGGUGUGAAGUCACAAAUCUCAGUUACGCUUCAGUUUAGACACUUAUAUACUGAAUAAAAAUAUAAACGCAACAUCUAAAGCGUUGGUUUCAUGAGCUGAAAUAAAAUAUCCCAGAAAUGUUCCAAACGUACAAAAAGCUAAUUUCUCUCAAAUUUUGUCCACAAAUUUGUU